AUGACUAUUCCCGUCCACGUCCCUCUCUCGCCUCGUCCUCUUAGACCCAACGAGCGCAUCUUGACCAACGAAGAUGGCGGCAUUGUCACGCCUGCUCGAGCCCCUUCCCCCGUCUACAAUUUUGGCACCCUUGCCGUGCAUGCUGGGGCACCCAUAGACCCUUCCACAGGCGCCGUCAUCGAGCCUCUCUCGCUGUCUACCACCUUCGCACAAACGGCUGUGGGCAAGCCCAUUGGACUGUAUGAGUACAGUCGCAGCGCCAACCCGAACCGGGACAAUUUCGAAGAGGCUGUGGCCGCACUCGAGCACGCGAGAUUCGCUCUGGCAUUUGCCUCGGGCUCAGCUACAACAGCUACAAUUCUACAGUCGCUCGCUUCGGGCUCACAUGUCAUAUCUGUCUCGGAUGUCUACGGUGGCACCCAUCGAUAUUUCACAAAAGUGGCGCUGGCACACGGAGUCGAGGUUACAUUCUCUCCCUCCAUCGAACUGGACGUCGAAGAGUUGAUCAGGGAGCAAACAAAGCUGAUCUGGAUCGAGAGUCCUUCAAACCCCACCCUGAGCCUGGUCGACAUCAGGAACGUUGCUUCAGUUGCCCACAGACACGGCAUUCUGGUCGUGGUGGACAAUACAUUCUUGUCGCCAUACGUGCAAAAUCCGCUAGAUCACGGAGCCGACAUUGUGGUGCACUCUGUGACAAAAUACAUCAACGGACACUCAGAUGUUGUUAUGGGCGUUGCGGCAUUCAACUCGGACGAACUCAAAGGGCGAUUGACAUUUCUCCAAAAUGCCAUCGGAGCCGUGCCUUCGCCAUUCGAUUGCUGGCUCGCCCACCGAGGACUCAAGACCCUGCAUCUACGCGCAAGAGAGGCAAGUACGAACGCACUAGCUGUUGCUCGAGCGCUGGAGGCAUCGCCACAUGUGAUUGCCGUGAACUAUCCUGGGUUGGAUUCUCACAAGCAGAGAGCGAUCGCCAUCAAGCAGCAUCGCGACGGCAUGGGUGGUGGGAUGCUCAGUUUCCGACUCAAAGGUGGGCACGCUGCUGCAGAAAGAUUCUGUCAACAAACACGAAUCUUCACCCUAGCCGAGAGCCUGGGAGGCGUCGAAAGUCUCUGCGAGGUUCCUAGUGCUAUGACCCAUGCGGGCAUCCCCAAGGAGCAACGUGAGGCCAUUGGCGUGUUUGACGAUCUUGUCAGACUGAGCUGUGGCGUUGAGGAUGCUGACGACCUCAAGAAGGACGUCUUGCAGGCAUUAGAGAAAGCCGUCAUCGGACCUAAGAUCUCCAAUGGUGUCAAUGGAAUAAGCAGAUGA